AUGAUUGGUUCCCUCCGAGAACUCAAAUCCCUCAGACACCUCGGAGUCAGCAAGGAGGCUUUUAUCGGAGAGAUUGAGCCACUCUCACGACUGAGUGAGGUUUUUCCGGAAUCGAUUGAGACUCUUCACCUGUAUUGCGGUGGAAUAUGGAAGACACAGGAUUGGGUCGAAUUGGAACGUGAGCUGCAUAACCAGGACAUCUACAAUUUGCUUCUCGACGGUAUGCCUAAUCUCCGCGAGAUUAGUGUAGAGAGAUGCAAGACUGGUUUCGAUAGCUCUAAUCAUUAUGAGUUAUAUGCUGAUUUAGAUAAUGCGGCUACUGCUGCUGACGAAGAAGAAGAUGUUGUUUCAUGUUUUAGUGAUAAAGACCCAGAAGGUCUUUAUAAACCACAGUUUCGACCGGAAGAAUUUAUGUACUCGAAGGAAGCGGAGUGGCCACCUGAAUUGCAUGUUGCUGGCUGGGUUGUGGACAUCGUCGAGGAGGGCCUAUAUAAGAUACGUGGAAGACCAGCUUACGACUUUCGAGUCGUCAUUCUGACAAGGAAGACAUGA